AUGUUGUGUGUACUAGUCCUGUGCCCGGCUUUGCUCGUCGCCGUGCAGACGUUGACCAUCGAUUCGCAGCUGGGUACCUCUGUUGAAGACUGCUUCGAGAGAAUAUCCAUUGGAGAACAACUACCACCCGACGCCAUCUAUCGGAACGUGUCGGAACUAACUACUCGCGAGUGCGAACAAAUCUGCAAGCAGGAUAAGCAGUGUCAGACCUACGACUAUGGGGUCGGAGCUAAAGGCAACGCGACAUGCAACCUCAGCAUACUCAACGAAAAGGAGCUGAAAGAGAAAAGCCUUCUUCGACGUCACCCUGACUACGACGUCUACAUACGUCGCAUCCUAUGCGAGCAAUCUCCCCCCUCCCCCCUCCAACCACAGUUCGAUGACCCUGGAGAUGGUCCAGGGCCUGUCCACCGGCCCGUCUUCAGACCUGAUGACGACGAGUUCAAACGCCCUUUAAAUGACUACCCAAGUGACUCCAGACCAUAUGAAACGAGACCAGACCUGAUCAAACCAAUUCCUCCAUACAGACCCCCAUAUAACAACCACAUAGACAACGACAGACCUGAUGACUAUUUUAAUCAGAAACCAGCAUUUGAUAGCCCUCCAAGUUAUGGUGCCCAUAAGCCCCAAGAUAUCCCAUAUAGACCCCACAAGCCGUACCAAAACCAGUCUUCUCACAAACCAGAUCCAUAUGAUGAGCUGCAAUUCCAAGGACCUUACAGACCAUCAAGGCCUUUGGACCCAUCGUUUUGGAGACCAGAUCCGUACCAUCCUCCUCAUUUGAACGAUGAGUUACCAGAUUUGUAUGGCCCGAAGCCCAUCAGGCCUAGUCGACCUAAUAAUAUAGACCCAUAUCAGUUAGAAAAGCCACAAUAUCAUUACAUAAUCCGGCCCAAUCGUAGACCCAGGCCAGAACUAGACUCAGGCUAUGGAGUGCAGCCUUUGAAGCCUGAUUAUCCGACUAAACCAGAUCCGUAUGGCCAGCAAGACUCAGGCCACCCAUCUGGGCCUGUAGGCCCACCAGAUCCGUAUAAGCCUUCGCAAGACUACCCAUCUAGGCCGUACAAUAAACCAAGCUAUAGUUACAACAGUCAAUACGCUAGCAGCUAUGGGCAAUCUCAAAACCAGGACAAUUCUAUUUACUUGGAAAUAUACGACUCUCCCAGUCCAUAUAGGCCUCCAAAAAGGCCAGUAAACGACAGGCCAAGUUAUGGUCCAGGGCAAAGUGGAUAUGGGCAAAAUUAUGGCUAUGGAGACCAAGGGAUCUAUGGUUAUGGCAGCCAUUCAUCUCACAACUCAUUCUCAUCCAAUAGUCACUCUUAUGGUCAAAGUAGUAUAACAGAACUUGAUCAGAACUACCACCGCCCUCAAGACUCAGGGUAUAGACCUUCAAAGCCUGCAUACGAUAGUCACAAUUCAGGGUAUGGCUCCAGUAGUGACACUACCCAAGGCUAUGGCCCUCAGACGCAGAAACCGACUACUCAAAGACCUUCGUAUAGCAGCAGUCAAGGAUAUGGUGGAAGCUCGCAAAGCUCUCAAUAUGGAAGUGAUCAUAGUGACGCAUCCUAUGGGUCUCAAUCUUAUGGGGGUAGCAAUCGACCCUCAUAUAACCAAGAUGACAACGAUAGUGGUUACGGUCUACAAAAGCCUCAGAAACCAAACGAUUCCAAUCAAAAACCCUCGUAUGGAAGCGACCAAGGAUAUGGUGGUGGUCAACCAUCUUAUAGUCCCAGCAAACCAAAUGAUGGUGGUUAUGGUGGAAGUCAAGGUUCUUAUGGGAGUCAUCAGUCAUUUGGCUAUACCGAGCAUCAUGACAGUCAGUAUUCAUCUCACCAAAGCAGCCAAUCCGCUGGUUAUGGUAUAAGUAGACCUCCUUACUCUGAUAGUCCUUCGUAUUCAGAUAAUCGACCAGGGUAUGGAGGGAACAGACCCUUAGGAGAUAAAAGACCUUCGUAUGAUAGACCAUCGUCUUCUUAUAACGAUAAACCUCCAUACAGCAAUGACAGGCCUUCAUACGGUAGUGAAAAGCCAUCUUAUAGCAAUGAUAAGCCAAGCAAUGAUAACAGGCCCUCAUAUGGGAAUGAUAGGCCUUCAUAUGGGAAUGAUCGGCCUUCUUACGGUAAUAAUAAACCGUCAUACAGUGACAAGCCUUCAUAUGAAAGUGACAGGCCUUCAUAUGGAAAUGAUAGGCCUUCAUAUGGAAAUGAUAGGCCUUCAUACGGAAAUGAUAGGCCUUCAUAUGGAAAUGAUAGGCCUUCAUAUGGAAGUGAUAGGCCUUCAUAUGGAAACGAUAGGCCUUCUUACGGAGAUAGGCCAUAUGAAACUAGCAGACCUGGCUAUGGCGAUACGAGCAAACCAAGUUAUGAUAAUAGACCAGCUUAUGGUGAAUCUACUAAGCCUUCAUAUGAUAAUAGGCCUUCAUACGGUGACAGACCUUCAUAUGAAAGUAAUCCUCCUUCAUACGGAGAUAGUCGUCCUUCAUUUGACAAUAACCGACCUGAUCCUUCUUACGGUAAUCGUCCUUCAUACGGCAGUGCUCAAGAAUCUUCACAAUCCGGUUACGGUUCUGAAAACGACUACAAGAACUCAGGUUACGCAAAACCGGGUCAAAAACCCGGUUCAAAACCGGUCGGAACCAGACCGAAUCAGACGGAUCUGGAUCGACCUAAUAUAAAACCGGUUUACGAGUAUGAGCUGGAGAAACCAAAUAAUGUACCAAGUUAUAUAGUAAGACCUAGUGGAGAAGUGAUCACUUCAAGACCUAUGACUGUUGGUGAUUAUGGUGAUAAGCCUGGACGAAGAGACCCUGGUUAUCCUGGUGCCCCGGUGUCUUAUAAAGCGUGCUUCAGAAGAGUGCUGGCAGGGAGGCGGGCCCUCCGCAGCUUCGUUCGGAAGGCGAUCGCGUGUGAGAGGCUGGAGGAUUGUCGCCGGGAGUGCGCUGUGGAGAGGAGGUUCCAUUGCGAGAGCUUCAACUACCGAUUGGACCCCUCCUUCCGAGGCAAAGGUCUCUGCGAGCUGAUGACGAAGCCGAUCGAAGCUUUCGACGUCGACCGGGACUUCGUGGAAGACAAGGACUACGACUUCUAUGAAGUGGACAGGAAUAGCUUGGAGCCAAACUGCCCGGAGUCAUUGGGAGGACCAGGGUUGCUGCACUCGGGGUUUCUUUCUUCUAAAUUACCGAUCUACCAGAACCAAUGGGACAGAAACGACUGGCAAGACAGCAGGUACAACCGGGACUACAACCGGUUCGAUGACAAGAGGAGGUAUAACGGGGGAAGAAGGAAGUAUGAUGACCAGUUCUACGUGCCGUAUCAGAUUGGUGUAGGCCGCAGCAGUGAAGCCGACAUCGAAAACUGGGGCACCUACGGCGGCGUCUAUGGCGGUUACGACAACUACUACAAGGAUCCAAACGAUUUCUACAACAGCGUCAACCAUUGGCGUAUACCCAACAACAGCAGGACCUAUGGCGUAAAGCCAGGAUACAACACUGACUUCGAUUACUUUAGUCUUGGGAAGGAGAGGUCCUGGGAGAGCCAGAGAUACGGAUCCUGGAAGAGAGGGAGGUGGAAUUCUUCGGGGACUAGUGGUCUGGACUAUGGGGAGUCUAAUUAUUAUAAGCCGAGCAAGCCUCACCAUUAUGCUGAGGAUAGGGAUGACGAUGUUGGUGGUAAAGACUGCUCCUCACGAAGACGACCAGGGAUGUCCCUGGGUUCUGGAGCCAUCCGAAGGUCGCUGCUCGCCAGGAAUGUGGUGGAGUGCGAGGCUGCCUGCUUUGAAGAGAGGGAGUUCAAAUGCGUGUCUUAUAGCUACAGAUAUUCAAGCUCCCGAGGCACAGACAACUGUUUCCUCAGUGAGCGUCCGUACCGAGGGUUGGAAUUGUCGGCUGACAGCGGUUCUGAUGUGUACGCCAUGCCGCAAGACCACGGAUGCUCCGUCAUCAGUCACAGACCUUGGGUUGAGAGUGAAUGUUUCUGGCACGUCCGCUCCGAGGCAGCAGUAAGCGGAGGAGCAGUGAGGGCCGCACUGACCGUGACAGGGCUCGGCGCGUGCGAGGCGGAGUGCAUACGAGCUCAUGCGUUCUUCUGUCGAGGAUUCAGCUUCAGAUACGACGCCCCCUCCAUAGGGGAUGACUUAGCCAACUGCAUCCUCACAUCAUCACCCCCCACCUCACUAACUGGGGGGAGUAUUCGUCGCUCCCACGGCCACGAGUUAUACGCGAGGGGGAACUACGGACGAGGGUGUGAACCGGCGCUGUAUGACGACGCGAGGCACAGCCACCAGGAAGAUGGGGAAUGCUAUCUGCAAUACGACAACGCAGCGAAACUGAUAGGCGCCGCCGUGCGCGGUCAAGCGAGAGUCACUGAUGAGCAAGCGUGUGGUGCAGCCUGUACUGAAGCACCUUUUAGAUGCCUGAGCUUCUCUUACAACAACCACGCUCCCAUAGGCGUCGACAACUGCCUGCUCUCCGAAAUCCGACUCUUCGACCUUCAACGAGGGGUGGACUACCAGCACUCCACUGACGACUGGCUGUUCGCUUUCGACCUGUUUAACGGCCAGUGCUGGAGGAAGGUGCACGGGAAACAUGGCUAUGAGGAGCCAUCUUCGGAACUGCCUCGACCGUUGAUUCCAGGGGAAUCGUACCCUGGCUCUAGCCCAAGUGGGCCAGGGUACCCAUCGGCAGCUUCUGAACCUUACCUUCCCGCUUCUGGACCCCCAAGCGGCCAUGAUUAUAAACCUGGAUACCCCUCAGGCCCACCCAGUGGCCCUGGGUACAAACCUAUCUACCCCUCCAGCCCAGGGUACCACGAACCAAGCGGCCUCGGUCCUUCCGGUCCUAGCUACAAACCUGGUUACCCUGAACCGUGCGCACCUGGUUGCCAACCUCCGUUUAGACCUUCGGAACCGAGCGGACCCGGUUAUCACAAACCGGAUUACAGGCCGGGUCCGAGCAGGCCUAGUUACUUACCCGGGCCGAAACCUGAUUAUGGUUCAGAGCCAAGUGGUCCUGGAUACUUGCCUAGACCAAAACCGGAUUAUAGACCUAACCCGGUUAGACCCAGUUAUUCCCCGGGGUAUGAACCUGGCUAUCGACCAUCAGGAGUGCCCGGAUAUCCAGAUUCCGGGUUCAAGCCAGGGUACCCGCCUCCACAGCCGGAACCAGGGUACAGGCCAGGGGAAGGUAGGCCCAGGCCUUAUCCUGAGGGACCUGGUGGGCCUAGUAGGCCCAAACCUGGGCAUGGAGGACAUAGGGAGGAAGAACCAUUAUCAGUAUCAUGGCGCCACUACACCGUGUCUGGGUUCCCCUGUCGCGCUGGUACCACUUGUGCCCAGAAUAAGGUCGCUGGGCAUUGGGCCUGCGAACCAGAAGGGGGAGAAGUUGGUUCUUGGGACUACUGUUGCGCGCCGACUCACCGUUGUGGUUACAGCGAAGGUUUCCCAAAGCCAUGGUGCUACGUAGGAACGAUUGAAGACCAAUGGCGUCCUUGCAGCGAGAAGUACUAUCCGUACCACCAGCACAAUAUACCACACCCCUCUCAGGGCGGACACAGAGAUGACCACCGAGCGCCCCAAAGGCCCCCCGGCCCCCCGGCCCAUCCAAACCGAUUCCAAGAUGGCGACCGACCGCACUUAGGCCCGUACGCGUCCGAAGCAGAGAGAAAAUACUGGGAUGAUCUAUACAAGAAUGGACCACAAGCGUAUUACGAUAAAUACGGGAAUCCCUUGCCAGGAUACACCAAAGUACCGACCGCCAGUCGUCCGUACAUCAAGUACCGCCACAACUACCAAGGACCUGGGUCCGGCACGUGGGUCCCAGUAGCAGGGGACCCUGACCCUCACGCCUCUGGAGGACUUGGAGCUCCCAGAUACUGGCCAGUAGCAUACCUCCAUAAGGGUCCUCCGCCAAACAUGACGUACUUCGUCUACAAUGAAACCAAACCAACCACGACUACCACAGAAACCUAUCCUCGGACACCCAUAGCUCCACCAAGAGAAAAUCCACCUCAAAAUUUCAACAGAGUUACCGACAAGCCAAAAGACAGUGAUGUAGUCGAAGCCAGACACCAUAGAGAUGAGAAAACCAGAAACAUAACUGACAGAGACUUAUUCCAAGUGGAUUUGAAUCAGUUUACUACAACGACUACUACAACUAGCACUACUACUACAAAUAAACCUGAAAUACAAUCUGAUUCUCUUGUUAAAGAAAUAGAAACGCAGCAAAACAAAUCAGAAGUAGAAAUGAUUCAACCAGAGAAUGUUGAAGCUGAAAAAGAGAGUGAGAAAUUAAAAGGGAUAGAUGAUAAGUUACCAGAUUUCACCAGUCCUAUUGAGGUUUUAGAUAUUGAAGAUGCUAAAGGUGAAAAGAUGUCGGAUUUGAAAACUUUGGAAGCAGAAGAGAGGCAGAUCGAAGAGAUUGGGAGACUUCUUGCUUCUAGACGAGGCAGCAAACUUGUGUUGGAGAAACGAUCUCAAAAGGAUUUGGAAGCAAAGAACAUAGCAGUCGACAAAGAACUAGUCGACUUCAAUUUCGGAAAUCGAUUCCCGACCACUGAAAGAAGGGGUGUCAUCCAGAAAGUUACCAAAGACGAGAUAGAAAGGGAAAGGAAUGCAGAUAAAAGCUUGGAAGUGAGCGAGACGACAUUCGUCCGACCUCCCCGAGUUUUGAGCACUACUGAAAACAUCAGAAAAGCAAUUGUUAAUGGGAAAGUUUUCUAUGAUGCAACUAUAAGGGAACAGAGAGAUAUAUUCUCUAACGCCACAAGAAAGGCUAAAGGCUUUAGGCAGCUAGAAGAUGUUAGAGGACCGUCAGUGAUAACUAAUAGUAAUUUUGGUAAGAAGAAAGUUAUAAAAGCUAGAAAUGUCAAUCCGGUCAGAAGGGUGCGUAGGGUGUACAGAAAAAGGUACAACCCAGAAGAAGUGAGAAGAAGGUUGAUAGAAAGAGAGAGAAGCAUGAAAAUGGAAAACGAUACUUCUAGAAAACUUUAGUUAUUAAUUGAUAAGAAACUAAUCUUAAAUGAUGAAUAAUGUUCCGGCAGUUAGGGGUAAGAUAGCCAGUUCCUCCGUGGUUGAGGAUUCCGGGUGAAGCUCGCUUCCACUUCGGCCUGAUCAUCACUUGCCAUCAGCUUCCUCGUUGUGGAUUAAAAAAUAAUAUCAAUUUCAUGUUUAUAAUUGAUUUGA